GUGUUAAGAAAACAACUUGCGAUCAACCAUUUUUCCUGGGAAUGUUUUGCUAGGAUGUAGGAAAUGGUAUAAUUGCACUUUAAUCUCGACAGGCAUUCUAACAGCAAAUCAGACGAGCAAUCAGUAUUGAUACAUUAAACAUGCGCAUAGUAGAUGGCAAGUGAUUUAUAAAAGCGUGAUCCUUAAUUAGAUUUUCUUGCAGUAGCAUCUUUGAAACAGAAUGGGACACACCACCGGAUUAAAAGUCACUGCGACCGUUAUUGUGCUGAUUAUAUGUGCCUAUGGCACAGAAUCAGGUUUUAUAUCAGCGUCUACGAACCAAAUAUCCCAAGCUUCAUCAAACCAAGGACAAGGAAAAAUCGAUCAGGAGGUGGUGCAAGCCGAACAGCAUGGAUCGUUUGGAAACACUCGAGUAGAGAGGGCCAUACAUAAAAUGGAGGAGCCAUGUCCCUGCGGUUUCGGUAGAGGCCAGGAUGGAAAAUGUCAUAAACUCGCUAUAAAAUAAAAUAGCACAAUAUUAUAAUGGCGACCAUAUAUUCGGUUGUAUUUCGUAAUUCGCUUGACAAUUAUAUAACUACUUAAUGAAUUAGUCAAUUUUAUUUUGCUUCUAGGAUAUGCAAUAAAAUUUUACCUUGGGGUCAAAUAGAGUUCGUUUUAAUUUUAGCAAAGCUAACUACACCAUUAUUUUCAUAAUUGAUUCGUUAGUAAAUACUGUGAUACAGUCCAUCUACGGUAUUCCUUUUAGAUCGGUUAUUUGCCUACGUCAAACACUAUUACGGUAAUUGCUUGCUAUUGAUUGUUGCAUCAGUAGAGGGGAAGUUGCUCAGUGCAAUUAAAUCGUGCGCUUGCACGUGAGGUCAGA